AUGUUUGCAAUUUUACCGUGUGUGGCGCGUAAAUUAUUGGCAUAUAAAAUGCGAAAAUACAGGCAUUCAACGAAAUUUUCAUUAAGCGAACGUUAUCAGUUAUCAGAGAACGUGAAGAGUGCGAAUGCACUCAGCCAAAUGGCAAUAGUUGUGUCGUGUAUGUUGAAAUCGCCAUGGCGAUGGCUACAUAAUUUACGCAAAACAUCGUGCAAGAAGCGUUCGGCCGAUGUCCACGCAGCCAACGUGCUGCAGCAACGGAAAGCCGUCACAAUAACGCCUCAGGAAGAGCAGAAAAUGUAUUUUGACAAUCUCAGCAAAGUUUGGGAUGGCACAUCUAGAAAAUUUUGA